AUGGCAGAUAAGGAAAACAUGGAAGAUGGGGAUCUUGGUACAACAAAAUCUGAAUCCAGCGGGUCCAGGAGCAUCUUGAAGUCAAAUACACAUUAUAAUGUCGAUUCCCAAUUAGGAAAGGUGAAGCCAUCCUCCUUGGGAGGUUUACAAAUUCCAUUGAAGGAAGAUACACAGAAUACUUCAAGAGGUCCUAAAUUGGCAAGGAGAAGAGUCUCGUUUGCCCCGGAAGUGACGUUGCACAAGAUCGACUUUGUACCUCAAUAUCGGUCCGAUUCAUUUGAAAGUGAUGAAGUUGCAGGACACAAGAGGAGAAGAGAAACCAUAGCCUUUAUGCCCAGUAGUAGUAGUGGGAGUGAGCCAGGUAGUGAACCUGUGACUGGUGGGGAUGACGGGAUAGGAGCUGAGCUUUUGACUGAUAGUUCAGAUGAUGAGAUUGAAAGUGGAGGUGAAGAGGAGGAUAGUGCCCCAAUUCAGUCUGAGAUCCCUAUUACUGUGAUGUAUGAUGAUAGUGGAGAGGAGACUAUGGAGUUGACUGGUCCAGUAGGGCUGGUGGAAACAGUUGAGAAGGAAAUGCCUGCUAAAGCGCCAAUUAUUGAACUGGAGGAGGAAGAAGAAGAGGAGGAAGAAAUGGAGCUUACUGCUAAUAUCGGCCAAUCUUUGAUGAAUGAGAAGAUUGAUAAAGUCGAGGAAGCUCAAACAAAUCAGAUAGUUGAUGAAGGACUGGAAGAUGAACAGAUUGAGAAUGAGGAGCUUAUGGAGUUUACUGAAGAGGUUGGACGUAUUCAAAUAUCUGGAGUAGGUCUCCAAGAGAAGGAGAAUGUAGAAGAGAAAGAGAAAGUGCUGCAAGAGGAAGUGCUGCAAGAGAAAGAGCUGCAAGAGGAAGAGCUGCAAAUGGAAUUCACUCAACCAAUAGGAAGUAUUGGAAGAAUAAAUCAAAAUGAAGAAUUACUGGAAGGACUGCAAGGACUGCAAAUGGAAUUUACUCAGCCAGUUGGAAGAAUUCAUGAAGAAGUAACUCAAGAGAAUAAUGCUCACUCGUCUAAUUCCAUAAAAGAAACUGCAACUCAAUCACAAGAUGAAGAUGUAGAAGAACUGCAAAUGGAAUUCACUCAACCUAUUGGAAGGAUUCAUCCAAUUGUAAUGAAACAAUCAUUUGAAAUGUCUAUUAAGCAAUCAUUUGAAGUGAAAUAUGGCACUGAAGAGAAGGUGGAACCAUCCAAGGAGUUGUCUUUGGAAGAGAACGAAGAGAUUGAAGAAAUGGAUAUGACUCAACAUAAUGGGAAGAUUGAGGAGACGGGAGGAAAAGAAGAUAAGAGAAAUGAUCAGGAUAUCAAGGAUGAUGGUAAGAUGGAAGAGACUCAGAAUAAUGGAAAGAUUGACCUUGUAGAUCAAGAUGAAUCUUCUGAUAUGGAAUUAACUCAAUAUGAUGGGAGAAUUGAUAAUAAAAUUGAUGGACAAGAAAGUGCUGAGCAAGAUAGUGCUGAGCAAGAUAGUGCUGAGCCUGAUAUUUCUGACAUUCCUGCUGCUGCUGCUACUGCUGCUGAAGGAAAUGCUGCUCUUUCACCUUCUAAUGAUGAUACUUCUGUGGAUGGUCCUACUACUGGUAUUUCUUCUAGUGAUGAAAUUGCUCCUGUUAAUGGAAAUGCAGCUCCUACUUCUCCUAUUGUUGCUACUACUUCCCCCGUUUCCAAUAAAAGAAAAUCUGAUUCAUCUUCCUUUUCACAAUCAAAGUUAGCAAGAAUUGAAACUACAACCAUCCCCUUGGCAGAUGUAACCAAUGAAUCAUUUGAACUUGAAUUUGAUACCGAACCAGUUACCCUAGCCCAAUUCAUGAAUGAUAUAGGAAUCCGAUUCUAUGAUGAUCUUGAAAUUGACUCUAAAACGUCCAAUAGAAUCAGUAUAUCGUUACCUAAAGCUGGAGAAACCACCAAGUUUUCAUUAAGGGAAUAUGUUCAAGGAGUCUUGAAAACACCACAAUUCAAAUUAGGCGAUUUCAGUUGUAAUGAAUUGAUGCAAAAUAUCAAAGAGGGAAGUAAAAUAUUUGAUAUUUAUAAUGGAAACACCAGUGAAAUGAAUCCAAGAGUGUUCAAAGAGUUCUAUAAUGCCAGUCCUGAAGCUCAAUUGAAUAUGAAGACCAAGUUCCAACUCGUCAAAGAUUAUGCUCGUCAAGAGGCUAAGGGAGUUUGGUAUCAAUGGAGAAUUCAAUUACUACAAAAUUUAGUUGAUGAAUUGAAGAAAAUUCCACCGAUUUUAAUGCAAGAUAAGUUAAAGAUUGUCAAGGCAUUAGAACAAGUAAAUGAAGUGUUUGGGUUUGUUCAAAUGAAGUAUUUAACUUUAAAAGAAAAGAAAAGUCAAUAUGUAAAACUUGUGCAACAGGGGAAAGAAUUGCAAGAAAGUGAAUUAUUGAAAUUUAAAACAGAAUUCAUUCAAAUUAAAGAACAUAUUGAACAAUUUCAAAGAGAAUCCGCUGAACAAGAAGCAAAUUUGACCCGAUUAAAUGAAACUUUGUUGGCCAAUGAACAACUUAUCAAGAACUUGAACCUUCAAAUCAAGGAAAAGGAAGAAAUAUUGACCAAUAGUAAAAGAUAUGAAAGGUCUGAGAUCAAUUUACUUUUAUUUAAGUUCAAACUUUUACAACAUGGUUCUAAUUGUAAAUAUAUAUCGAUUGAUGGUUCGGUAUUGAAGUUUUUAUACGACAAGCAAGUGGAAAUUUCCAUUGAUUUCCAGAAGGAAGACAUUCAAUACAUUUUCAAAGAACUGGGACAAUCCCAUUUCAAAAAUAAGGACCUUUACAGGGCAUUCACACAUAAUUUAUUGGACUUGAUUGACAUCAAUCCAAAGAAUUGGAUGGAUCAUUUCAAUGAAUUUAAGAAAUUGUGGAGAAAUUUGUUGGAAUUGGAUCAAUGUGUUUACCGGAUAUCACUCAAAUUCCCCAUCCGGAUUGAUAAUAAAGAUAUCAUUGUCAAGUUCUACAAGGAGCAACUUGAUUGUAAGUUAGAGCUUCGUAUUGGCAUUACCAUGGCUGCUAAAUCUUUCGAAAGUAACCUCACCAUCAAUUCGUUGAGAAUGGAACGGCCAAUAGAUACCCAGAUAGUGUUGGGUGUAUUGAAGAAAGAGUGUAAAAAGAACUUGUUAAUUGAAGGAUUGGUCAAUGCUUCGUGGAAUGAAGAAAUUGUAUAG